AUGGCGUUGAAUCAGGGUGACGCCGGGGUUCCAGCAGCCAGCGUCAACGACGCUGAACUGGACGCUCGGUUGACUGGCAUGGAACAGCGGUUAGGCGAAGCGAUGGAAGGCAGGAUGCAAGCCAUGAUGAGCCAGGCGGCUACGGCAGAGGAUAUGGCUCCCAAGGUGAGGCAGCCGCAACCGGCGGUGGCGUUGGUGGUGUUUUCGUCAGCGGUGAUGUCGCUGGUGAGGGUCUUUUCACGGGAGGCGGCGGAAUUUCGAAACUCGCCGCGUCUCACGUAAACCCACCACAGCUCAAGAAAGGGGCCGAGCAGUACCCGGGGUGGAGGCAGGAUAUGAUCGUGCAGGCAGGCAUUCUCGACAUAGGCGAUGUGUUCUCCGGCGGCGGGGUGCUGCCGGACAUCAACAAGCCACAGACCGCCCUUCUCGAGCAGGGGUUUUCGUACGCAGCAAUCCGCAAGACGUAUCUGGCGUGGAAUUUCCUCUGUGCCGCAAUGCCUACUGAGACGGACAAAGCCAUCCUCCGUCGUUGCACGAACCCAAGGGAAGCCCUGCG